ACUGAGCACAUAAAGGGGUCCUGCGAGUCAAGACCAAGAGUCCACCUGACACUGUUUAAACAGGCAACUGAGGUCAGUACACUGACAAGGCCUGUCUAAAGCUUUCCUAGGUCUUUAUUCAACUGGACAAGGUAAUCUGGGCUGUGAAUCUGUUAAAUAAAAAAAUGGAAAGUGAUGGAAUAUUACAUUUAGAUGUGUGUGUUGAUGAGCACACCCCUCGGCCUGGGAUUACAAAACUUCUGACAAACCUCAGGCCACAGUGGAAACCAGAAGAUAUUCAGAUCAAGGCUUUCACUGAGGGCAUUACCAACCAGUUAAUGGGCUGUUAUGUGGGCUCUAUGACCGAAGAUCCUGUUGUACUGGUGAGGGUUUAUGGGCAGAAGACAGAGCUUUUUCUGGACCGAGAUAAAGAGAUGGAGAUGUUCAAGGUGCUGCACAGACAUGGCUGUGGCCCUCAGCUGUACUGCAAUUUCACCAAUGGCAUCUGUUAUGAGUUUGUCAGAGGAGUUGUGAUGGAUGACACACUACUCAAACAACCUUCUGUUUACAGGUUGAUUGCAACAGAAAUGGGGAAAAUCCAUUCAAUUAAGUCUGGAGAAGUUGGAAACACUUCACCCCAAACACCAGUUUUGUGGUCAAGGUUGUCCCAGUUCCUGAACCUGGUGGAGAGUUCUGACAGCCAUGUACAGCAAAGGUCCAUUGCCCACCUGGAGGCUCCAAAUAUAACAAUCAUCAUCAAAGAGAUGGAGGAGCUGAAGUGUCAUCUUCAACACAUCGAGUCACCAGUAGUGCUGUGUCAUAAUGAUCUCCUGACUAAAAAUAUAAUCUACAACAUCCAAGAAGGCACUGUCAAAUUUAUCGACUAUGAAUACGCAGAUUUUAAUUACCAAGCUUAUGACAUUGGAAACCAUUUCAAUGAAUUUGCAGGUGUCAAAAAUGUUGACUACAGCCUGUACCCAAGCCUUGAGCUUCAGUUUGAUUGGCUUACUGCCUACCUGGAGAGUUUCAAGUGGUGCAAUGGUGGGGAUUCAUCCGUGACAAAGAAAGAGGUCCAGGAACUUUAUGUGAGAGUCUGCAAGUUCUCCUUGGCAGGUCAUUUCUUCUGGUGUCUAUGGGCUCUGCUGCAAGCCAAACAUUCCACCAUUGACUUUGACUUCCAGAGGGACCACCACAAAAACAAACAACUGCGUGAGGGAUUCACAUCAAUCUCAAACCCCCGCUGCUCAGGAGCCACAACCACCACAUCAACAACAAACAAUUGGGGUAUGCCAUGGCUCGACUCAACUUCUACUUUGAGAAGAAGCAGGAUUUCUUUGAAAUGAAACUUCAUGAUGAAUUUCCCCCACACAGAGUUUAGUAGAGUUAUUUUCCAAAAGUUUCUGAAAGGGCUUUCACUAGCAAUUGUUUUAAUCAAAAGAUAAUCAUUGUCUUCUUAAACAUUUGCAUUUAUGCAGUUGGUGUUAUAGUUAUGAACGUUACAGGUCAUUUGUGUAUUUGACCCCUGAGGGUUGACUGAGGAUCUGACCCAUGUCAUGAAUGCAGUAACAGUGCUUGCUCAUUUAGCCCAGCUCCCGGAGAACAAACAUCCAUGUGAAUUGUAAUUAAUUAUAUGAUCAUUAGUCAAAUUAAGCAAGUGUUUUAUGAUAUUUAAAGGGGUCAUGAAAUGGAGAAUACAAAUGUUCUUGAUAUUUAGACAUAUAAGAGGUAACUGUACUAUAGAAACAUCCUGUAUAUUUCAGAACUCAAAACUUCCCUGUCUAAAAAGAGCAUUAAUAGUUGCCACCCUGCUUAAACGUCUCAUUUUUAAAUCUUUUUGUUCUUGGCAUCAUGAAAGAUUGCUCAUUUGUGUUUAUUUGCAUGAACUAGACAGAUAUCUUUGACUACUUUAUACAUAUCUUGUGCCGCUUUUAAAAGACUUGGUCAAGUUACAACUCUGAAAGGGAGAAACAAUUAUCUCAUUCAGCUUUCUGCCACUGUCAUUGACAUGUUCUUUCACCCAUCUGUGCCAUUUUUAAUUGUUGGUGUAAACAUAGGACAUCUUUGACGAUGGACGUCUUUGAUGAUGGACGUCUUUCACAAUUUCUGUGUAAUUUUGGCAAUGUGCAACACGUGCACCUUCAGUGUGUUUGUGCUUAAUUUCACCAUUCUUUAGACAAUAAUGUAUUCAUUUUUUUCCGCUCAUGUCAGCAUGGAUUGCUUUUGAACAGUCAAAAUACAAUUCAAGCUUUGCAAAGGAACUGUUAUUGAAGGAUGGGGCAGUUAAAAACACUUAAAAUUUAAUGUUUUAUUCAUGAAUAUUUCAAAUGUCAUGACUGUUUGAUAGUUUAUGGUGUGGAGUGUUAACAGUUGUGCUUGAGAUAAACAGUUUAAUAUAUUCAGAUGCAAUGUGUUGGAUGUGGAAGUGCAUUAUGUGGUUGUGGGGUAGUGGUCUAAAGCACAUAACAGUUAAUCAGAAGGUCACUGGUUCAAUCCCCACAGCCACCACAUUGUGUCCUUGAGCAAGGCACUUAACUUCAGGUUGCUCCGGGGGGAUUGUCCCUGUAAAAAAUGCUCUGUAAUUCGCUUUGAAUAAAAGCAUCAGCCAAAUGCAUAAAUGUAAAUGUAAACCCUGAAAUCCUGUUUUAUUUUGUUCUUCCGUUUGAGUUUGCUGAAUUUGAGGAGCUGCAUGAUGUUAGCCAAUCAGAACAGUGGGUGUUUAUAUUUAAGUUUUCGGGAGGUGCUUAGGCCAAAACCGAAUAUUUCAGACAGAGGGCCAAAAACAAGGUGAAAAAUGAUCAUGUAUUACUGAAUUGCGACUGUUUUGGUGCAAAAAAUGUCAUAACAUUAUCAUUGGACCUCAGGGAAGAAAAUAAAAUUAUUAAUAAUAGCACUUCAUGACCCCUUUAAGUUUUAGGUCAUUAAUGUAUCACAUUUAUUUACUGACACAAAUGCAUUCAUCAAUAAAAGUAUAUUUCUGCCUAAUUAGAUUCCUCCAGUAGGAAUCUACUCAUGUAUAGAAUUGAUGUCUUUCAAAUCGUUACUUAGCAAAAAUGAAUACAAUACAAAAUUGCUGAAAGGGGGCGUGUUUAUGUAAAUGU